UAUCACUCAAAUAAAGAAUACCUCAGAACAGGACGUCCUUCCUCCUCCUCCUACCAGAGACUCAGCAUGUUUUCCGGCUCCGCUCCGAUGACCCUCCUGCUGGUGCUCAGCACAGCCUCCUGCUUCGAGCUGCUGCCCGAAGAAGCUGCUCCUCGUCGGGCACGAUUCUCCUCCAACACCCCCACUGAUGUGGCCAGAUGUUUGAACGGCGCCGUCACUGUGGGCUGUGGGUUCUUCUCCUGCCUGGAAAACUCCACCUGCGACACCGACGGCAUGCACGAGAUCUGUGAGCAGUUCCUGCACUCUGCGUCCUCCUUCAACACCGAGGGUAAGACCUUUGUGAAGAAGAGUCUGCACUGCAUCUCUCAGGGAAUCUCAACGAAGAUUUUCCAAACCAUCCGACGCUGCAACAUCUUCCAGAGGAUGAUCGCUGAGGUGCAGGAGGAGUGUUACAGCAGUCUGGAUAUUUGCACUGUGGCUCGAACAAACCCUGACGCCAUCGGAGAGGUGGUGCAGGUUCCUACACACUUCCCCAACAGGUAUUACAGCACACUGCUGCAGACCCUGCAGUCGUGUGACGAGCAGACGGUGAGGGCGGUGAGGGCGGGGCUCGUGGCUCGGCUGGGGCCCGACAUGGAGGCCUUCCUGCAGCUGCUGCAGAACAAACCCUGCGCCGCGGGCCCCGAGGCCCCGGCCUUCAGCAACCCGUCCAGCUGGAGGAACACACCGGUGUUCAACAUCCAGCCCGGGUUCAGGGGCCGCGACCCCACACACCUGUUCGCCAAGAAGAGGUCUGUGGACGACAUGGAGGGGGGGUUCAAUGCAGAGCAGUAA